GUCUAUAGACCGUGUGUGUUACUUACUCCAGGACUUCUCAUCGGUGAAGACUCUCCAGCAUGAACAAUCGCAGGAGAGCAUCAAGUGAAGAUACCGAGGCGCCUAACGAUGAGGAGCUCCCCUACAGCGAUGAUGAAACAGAUAACGAGUUGGACAGUCCACAGCCUCUUCCUGAAGGAAAUGGAAUCGACUUCAGUAGAAAACAAGAGCAGACUCCCAAAGGCAAGGAAUGCAGCUGGAAGGUUAAAACAAAUGAUCGAAAUUUCUACAAUCAGCCGGAAUUCAUGAAAACAAAAUACUUCUGCUUGAAGAGAAGCAAAUAUGCGACAAAUGAAAUCCAGACGUCCAAGUACAACGUCAUCACCUUCCUGCCACUCAACUUGUUUGAACAGUUCAGGAGAAUCGCCAACGCGUAUUUCCUGCUUCUACUGAUUAUACAGCUGAUCCCUCAAAUAUCCACAGUCUCGUGGUACACGACCUUCAUCCCUCUCGUGAUCGUUCUUGGAAUCACAGCAAUCAAAGAUCUUGCAGAUGACAUUUCUCGUCACAAGAUGGACAAUGAGAUAAAUAACCGAUCGUGUGAUGUUAUAAAAGAUGGAAGCUUUCAAAAGACCAAAUGGAAGGAUAUUCAUGUGGGAGACAUUGUACGAAUUAAAAAAGAUGAGUUUAUUCCGGCGGACAUGCUGCUCCUCUCCAGUUCUGAACCUAACAGUUUGUGCUACGUAGAAACAGCAGAGCUUGAUGGUGAAACAAACUUGAAGUUUAAGAUGUCCCUUGAAGUAACAGAUACAUUUCUCCAAGAAGAGCAGGAACUGUCAAAAUUUGAAGGGAUGGUUGAAUGUGAGGAACCAAAUAACCGCUUGGAUAAGUUUGUGGGCACAUUAAUCUGGAGAGGAUCAAGUUGUGGAAUUGAUAAUGAUAACAUUUUACUUAGAGGCUGCAAAAUCCGCAACACACUCUACUGCCAUGGCCUAGUCAUAUUUGCAGGUCCGGACAGUAAAAUUAUGAGAAACAGUGGAAGAUCGACUCUGAAAAGAACGAAAAUCGAUCAUCUCAUGAAUGGAAUGGUGUACAUGAUAUUUGUCCUACUGAUCCUGAGCGCUGCUGGUUUAGCCAUCGGUCAGACAUUUUGGGAAAGUAAUGUAAACAGUGGAAACACAUCUUGGUAUCUGUAUGAUGGGAAUGACUACACGCCAAACUACCGGGGAUUUCUGGGCUUCUGGGGAUAUAUAAUUGUUCUAAACACAAUGGUACCAAUAUCCCUCUACGUAAGUGUUGAAAUGAUUCGUUUGGGCCAAAGUUUCUUUAUUGACUGGGAUUUGCACAUGUACUAUCCAAAGAAAGACACAGCAGCCAAGGCCAGGACAACAUCACUAAAUGAACAGCUGGGUCAGAUCGAGUACAUAUUCACUGACAAGACCGGGACAUUGACGCAGAACAUAAUGACGUUCAAGAAGUGUUCCAUUAAUCGGAAAACCUAUGGUAAUGAAAAGCAAACUGCUGGGAAACAACAGAACGUGGACUUCAGCUGGAAUCCUUUAGCAGAUCCCACCUUUACAUACAAUGACAAGAAUUUAAUUCAACAAAUCCGGUUUGGAAAUGAUUCAUCCGUUCAUGAGUUUUUUAAAUUACUCGCUCUGUGCCACACAGUAAUGGUGGACAAGACAGAUGGAAGUGAACUAUCCUAUGAAGCAGCAUCUCCGGAUGAAGGUGCCCUUGUAACAGCUGCCAGAAAUUUUGGCUUUGUCUUUCUUUCAAGAACUCAAAGUACCAUCACCAUUAGUGAGCUUGGGAAAGAAGUGACCUACGAACGACUGGCAAUCCUCGACUUCAACAGUGAUAGAAAACGCAUGUCUGUAAUAGUCCGAGAUCCCAAUGGAAAGAUAAAACUUUAUUGCAAGGGAGCUGACACCGUCAUUUAUCAUCGUCUGCAUCCAGACAACCCUAUCAAAGAGGAGACUCAAGUUGCUUUAGAUGUAUUUGCCAAUGAGACACUGAGGACCCUGUGUCUUUGCUACAAAGACAUCAGCCAAGAAGAUUUUGAGAAAUGGAAUAAAAAGUACCACGAGGCCAGUGUGGCCAUAAACAACCGCGAUGAAGCUCUGGAUAAAGUGUACGAAGAGAUCGAAGAUAACCUAGUGUUGUUGGGAGCCACGGCUAUUGAGGAUAAGUUGCAGGACGGCGUACCUCAGACAAUCUACACAUUAGCUAAAGCAGACAUAAAGAUCUGGGUUCUGACCGGAGACAAGAAAGAGACUGCAGAAAAUAUUGGUUUUGCGUGUAAGCUCUUAACGGAUGAAUCUGUUAUCACCUAUGGAGAAGAGGUCAACACCCUAAUACAGAGAAGAAUUGAUCUCCAAAAAUCUACCAUGAACCCCGGGGAACUGAAUAAUGAGCUGAAUCCAGAGUCUAACAAAAAACGGACAUUAAUCAUUACUGGAUCAUGGCUGAAUGAAAUCCUACUUGAGAAGAAGAAAAGGAAGAAAAGACGCCUGAAGCUGAAAUUCCCAAAGACGGACGAACAGAGGCAGCAGGACCAACAGACGAAAACCACAGUCAACGCGUUAAAGGAAGUAAGACAGAAGAACUUUGUGGACCUGGCCUGCGAGUGCCGAUCCGUCAUCUGCUGUAGAGUGACUCCGAAACAGAAAGCCAUGGUUGUCAACCUGGUGAAGAAGUACAAGAAGGCCGUCACGCUGUCAAUCGGUGACGGCGCUAAUGACGUCAGCAUGAUAAAAACUGCCCAUAUAGGAGUUGGUAUCAGCGGACAGGAGGGAAUGCAGGCCGUGAUGUCCAGUGACUACUCCUUCGCUCAGUUCAGAUAUCUCCAAAGGCUUCUUCUGGUUCAUGGCCGCUGGUCGUACAUCCGCAUGUGCAAGUUCCUGACUUAUUUCUUCUACAAGAACUUUGCCUACACACUGGUGCACUUUUGGUAUGCCUUCUUCAACGGAUUCUCUGGUCAGACCGUGUAUGACACCGUCUUCAUGGCGCUCUACAACCUCCUGUAUUCCAGUCUUCCUAUAAUUGUUGUUGGACUGCAAGACCAAGAUGUCGGUGACAAGCUCAGCAUGCAGUGUCCGAGUCUGUACAUCCCGGGGCAAAAGGGUAAAUUGUUCAACUACACAAAGUUCUUCCUGAGUCUCCUCCAUGGCACCAUCUCCUCCCUCGUCAUAUUCUUCAUACCUUAUGGAGCUUUCUGCCAAAUGACCACAAACGAGGGAAAAAUAAACUCCGACUAUCAGACAUUCGCUUUUACUACGGCCACUGCACUUGUCAUUAUUGUGAACUUACAGGCUGGGCUCAUCAUGUCAUACUGGACCUUUUUAUUCGCCUUUUCUGUAUUUGGAACAAUCAUAGUUUACUUUGCCAUCAUAUACGACUUGCACAGCAGCGGCAUGCUCAUCCUCUUUACCUCCCUGAUAACCAUGACAGGAACCAUUACAAAUGCAUUACGACAACCUAACAUCUGGUUGAUUAUCAUCCUAACCACCGCUAUUUGUCUGCUUCCGUAUUUGGCAUUAACAUUUUUCUUAAAGACCGUCUGCCCGUCCCAAAUUGAUAAAGUCCAGAAAAAUCCUGAACGCUACAAAGAGAAGGAGCUUCCAAUGGUAGAAGAGCCGAGACCCAUCCAACGGGGGACAUCUACUCGACGUUCUUCCUAUGCAUUCUCCCAUCAGAGAGGCUUUGGUGAUCUCAUCUCGAGUGGACGCAGCAUACGGAGUAGGAGGACUGCAAGGGAUCAAACUAAUGGAUCUAUUGUGAACACUUAAAGGGGUCGUCUCAUAAAGGCAACCUCUGUUCGUAAGCCCUUGGAGGGCAUAUAGACGCCAUAGAUGAGGGUCUCCUAUUUGGGACCCCUCUCUAUGAGAAAGAAUGGACAGCUACUGCGUAAAAGCAGGUUCCCUUUUCUGGGCGAGUCAGCCCCAAGGAAAAUACUUGACCGGGUGAUUGGGGUUUGUCUACUAGAAACUUUAGUCGACCAGAGAUGGUCUUCAAAGAAGACGGACACUCUUGAGUGAUGUUUACAUGGACCAUGAUGAAUGCACUAUUUGAAUGUUCCUGUUACUGAUGUGUAGAUAAUGAUCGGAAUAAAUUAUGU